AUGCCAUCGGCUACCGAUUCAAAGAAAUCCAUUAUUGGACUUAGAAUAGGUCAAAGUUACUCUAGUAUUGCUAUAAUUAAUAAAGAUGGAAGAGCGGAUUGUAUAGCUAACGAAGACGGUGAGCGGCAAAUACCAACACUGGUUGCAUUUGCAGGUGAAGAAGAGCUUGCAGGAACUCAAGCGAAAGCUCAAUUGCUAAGUAAUUCUAAAAAUACCAUUUCUCAAUUUCGUAAUUUUAUCGGAAAAAGUUUUGCCGAAUGUAAUUCUUCUGCAUUAAAGGGAACUGCUCAAUUAGUUGACAAGGAUGGUGUAGCUGCAUAUUCUGUAGAAUUUAUGAAUAAGGAUUCAAUUUUUACUGUUCAGGAAAUCACUACAAAAUAUAUCACAAGUCUUCGUGAAAGUGCUGAAAAUUUUUUGGGCCAACCAGUCGCUGGUGUUGUUCUUGCCAUUCCUACUUAUUUUACUGAUUCUCAACGUUUGGCCCUGAAAGAUGCAACUGAAAAAGCUGGAUUACGUGUUUUACAACUGAUUAAUGAACCUGCAGCUGCUAUAUUGGCUUACGAGUCAAGCAUGAAGCCUGAAGAAUAUGAUAAUAACUUACAUAAUGAUAGAACCGCUUUAAUACUUGAUUUGGGUUCUGAUAGUCUUGAUGUUACGGUGAUGUCUAUUCGUUCAGGCAUGUUUACUAUAUUAGCUACCACCCAUGAUCCUGAUCUUGGCGGUGCCGCUUUCGAUGACCUUCUUGUGAAUCAUUUCGUAAAUGAAUUCAAACGUAAAACUCAGAUUGACAUUUCACAAAAUAAACGUGCCUUGGUUAAAUUGAGAAAUGCUGUAGAAAUUACAAAAAAGACUUUAUCAAGUAGUUCAACUUCUCCAUGUUCGGUAGAAUCAUUAGCUGAUGGCAUAGAUUUCCAUGGAUCGAUUAACAGAACUAGAUUUGAAAUCAUGUCAAAUAAACUUUUUACAAAGAUUUUAGAUGUUAUUUCUAAUGCUUUAAAAGAAAAUAAUUUAGAUACUCAAUUAAUUGAUGAG